UAUAAAACAUACCAAUUUAGGGGUUGUUUUUUUCAUGCAAACUAAUAAUUGUGAAUUUCUGAAAUACCCUCCGCCAAGGUAAACGUUGUUUUUAUGGUGGUGUGCUUUAAUUCUGUUUAACUAUAAUGUGUCCUAAAUUAGACUUUUAUUUCCUCAACUGAUUCCCUGUUUCUCUGAUUCCAUGUUUUCUACCCGGCCACACCAUCUGGACUGCCUGUUCACUGGGAAAUCACCCUCCAUUGGAAAUGAUUGGCUACCAUGACAACAGAGCCAAGCACUGUGAGUGAGGCAGCCACAGAGGGCAAGCAGAAGACCAGCGGUGGUGGCUCUGAACCCAAAUCUGGGCCGGCGAACAAGCAGAAGACCAGCGGUGGUGCGCCUGCACCCAAAUCUGAGCCGGCGAACAAGCAGAAACAAGCGGCAGCAGCGUCUGAGCAGGAAGGGGUUCAGGCGAGCAAGAAGGCCCAGGAGCAGGCUGCCGAGCCUGGGCCUGCGAAUGAAGCCAGCUCUCCUGAAGAGGAGCAGCUGAAGCCUCGGACCAGGACCUCUGCCGGCAAAGGCCUCUCUCGCCUCUUCUCUUCUUUCCUGAAACGUCGGUCGCAGUGCUCCGAGGGCGAGGGCUUCGAGGCCGAGAAGGCCAAGGACGAAAAAGCUGAAAAAGAACAGAAAACUGACAAGGUAGAAGAUGAGAAGGUGGAAGAGGUGAAGAAGGAAGACACGGAGGCUAAAGCUGUGGAGGAAAAACCAGAGGUCAAAGAGGUUAAAAAGAACGAGGAAGAGAAAAUAGAAGAAAAAGAAGAGAAGAAGAAAGUAGAGGAAAAAGUUGAGAAGAAGGGCAGUAAAAAGAAAAAGAAAGAAGCAAAAAAGAAAGCAGCAGAUAAGGAUGAAGAGAAAGUAAAAGACGAGACGAAAAAAGAAGAAGAAAAGAAAGAGGAGCCAAAAGAGGAGAAGGCAAAACCAGUUGUAGAAAAGGGGGAAAAAGAAGAAGAAGAAGAAAAGAAGGAUACCCCUGAGAUCAAAGAAAAAGAGGCAGAAACUGGAAAGAAGGAAGAAGAAAGAGUUGACAAGAAGGUGGCUAAGAAAAAAGAAAGAGAAGAAAAAAUAAAGAGAAAGGAAGAGGAGAAGGCAAAAAGGAAAGCAGAGGAAGAAGAGAGGGUAAAAAAGAGAGAAGAGGAGAAAACAAAGAAGAGAGAAGAAGAAAGAGCAAGAGAGGCUGAAAAAACAAAAAAGAGAGAGGAGGAGGAAGAAAAAGUGAAAGAAGAAAAGGUUAAAAACGAGGAGGAGAAAGCAAAAGACGAAAAGGGAAAAAAGACAGAGGACAAACCAAAAGAGGAGUCCAAAAAAGAAGAGGAGGACCUGAAAGAAGAGACUAAGAAGAAAAAGAACGAGGAGGAGAAGGGAAAGACCGAAGAAAAGCAGCAGAAGGAAGAGGACAAGGGGAAGAAGAAGGAAAAGGGGAAAAACAAAGGGAAGAAGGAGCCCAUUGAGGAAAAAGUGAAAGCACCAAUCGCUGCUCCAGAAGCUGAGCUUAAAACGGAGCCAGACGCCGAACAGGCUCCAGAUCAGCAAUCAAUAAGCAGCGCAGAGACACAGCCUGUUCCAGGGGAACCGAAGCAGGAGUCUGACAUAAAGAAGGAGCCUGAAUUAGUGAAGGAAGUGAAAAAGGAGGACACGGAUAAAAGGGAGGAGGAACCAGCAGAACAGCAGGAGGUGACCAAAGGAGAAGGAAAAACAACGGAGGGGGCGAAGAAAGAGAAACCGGUUAAAGACAAGAAGACGGAAAAGAAGCCAGAGGAGACGAAAGGCUCCAAACGUCAGAAAACCAUGCAGUGUAAAGUCACCUUGCUGGACGACGCUCAGUUCGAGUGUGAGCUUGAUAAACAUGCUAAAGGUCAAGAGCUUUUGUCAAAGGUGUGUGACCAUGUCAACCUGCUGGAGAAAGAUUACUUUGGUCUCUCUAACUGGGAAACUCCAGCCGGCAAGAUAUGGCUGGACCCCUCUAAAGAGAUCCGGAAACAGGUUCCUGGUGCCGUGUAUGAGUUUACAUUCAACGUGAAGUUCUAUCCUCCUGAUCCAGCGCAACUCACAGAAGACCUCACCAGGUAUUUUCUGUGUCUCCAGUUGAGGAAGGACAUCAUGCGUGGCGUUCUUCCCUGUUCCUUUGUCACACUGUCCCUGCUGGGCUCCUACACAGCCCAGUCAGAGCUGGGAGAAUAUGACCCAGAGCUUCACGGAGCCGACUACGUUAAAGAUCUGAGUCUGGCUCCUGGACAGAGCAAAGAGCUGGAAGAAAAAGUGAUGGAGCUGCACCACACAUACAGGUCAAUGACUCCAGCCCAAGCAGACAUGCUGUUUCUGGAAAAUGCAAAGAAACUUGCUAUGUAUGGCGUUGACCUGCACCAAGCCAAGGAUCUUGAUGGAGUGGACAUAACGCUGGGGGUUUGCUCCGGCGGUCUAAUGGUUUACAAGGACAAACUGAGGAUCAACCGCUUCCCUUGGCCCAAAGUGCUGAAGAUAUCCUACAAACGCAGCAGCUUCUUCAUCAAAAUCAGGCCGUCGGAGCAAGAGCAGUAUGAGAGCACCAUAGGAUUCAAGCUGCCCAACUACAAAGCCUCAAAGAAACUGUGGAAAGUUUGCGUUGAACAUCAUACCUUCUUCAGGGUUUCAGCAGUGGAGACUCCGGCAUCACGUCGCUUCCUGAGCUUGGGCUCUAAGUUUAGGUACAGUGGUCGCACUCAGGCCCAGACCCGCCAGGCGAGCUCCAUGAUUAUCCGUCCGGCCCCUCGCUUCGCACGCUCUGCAAGCAAGAGGCUGUCACGAACCCUAGAUGGAGCUGGAGAUGAAACUCUCCAGUUUCUGCAACAACUCUCAGCAUCAACCAGGUGUGAGACUGAUGAUUGGUCCUCACUGGUGGCUUCUGACAAAGCCCAGUCUUCUCCUGCGUUCCCAGCCAGCAGGGAGUCUGAGCAGACUCUUGCUCAGUUCUGGGAGGGGGGACGGUCCGUUCAAACAUUCACAGUGACCGGGCAGGUCACCGUGACGGAGUACAGUGGCUCUCAGACCUUUACCCAGUCAGUCAAUCAGCCCAUGCAGGAUCUGGCAGUCGAUGUGCAGCAGCAGAGGAGAGAUGAAGAUCAGCGGUCCAAACUUCUGCAGCGUCAUCCUCCCUUUUCCUCCGUUCCUCCUGCUGAUUUUGUCAAACAGCCAGCCAAACUCUUUCCGGACCGAGUGUUGCAGCCAGCACUGACGCAGCAAGACGAUUGGUUCCUGUGCUUUGACCGAGUCUACGGCUCGUCCUCUAAACAGCUGUUUGAAAAGCCUGCGUCUGAAUACCAUCUCCACGUGGAGAAGCAGGGUAUCCCAGAGGAUGAACAGGAAGUUACCACUGUGAAAGUUACUGAGACGCGUCAGGAAACACUUAUCCUGGUAGAUAAACUGAGAGAGGCGGAGGUUUUACAAAGCAGGAUCAGAGAAGUGAGGGACCUGGAGGGAAGGCUCCAAGAGGUUGAUGAGAUGGCAGAGAAACUUCAGAAGGUCAUAGAGGAGGAGUUGGGAAAGGAGGAGGUGGACAAGCUAAGAGAAGAAGAGAUUUAUUUGGAGCAGGAGCAACGAUUGACAGGUCAAACAGAAGUGGUGGUAAGGAGAACUGUGAGGAUGAUGGAGACAGAAGAGGAGGACUUGGAUGAACAAAUAAAGAAGGUGUUUUUGAAAGGUUUGUUGUCUGAAGAGGAAGAAGAGCAGGAGGGGGAGAGGAUGACACAAGAGGGCCUGAUAGACGACAGCUUGAGAGAGAAGCUACGUCAGAUAGAAAAAGAAUGGCAAGAGGAGGUGGAGGAGAAGUUCAGCCCUCCAGAUGUUGCUGGCAUCACUUCUGCGGUGGAGUUUCAGCAGGUUGAACGUAGGACUAAGAAAGUAACCAUCGUAGAGGAGAAGGGGCCAUCGGCCGUGACAUCAGAAAAAGAAUGGCAGGGGGAAGUGGAGGAGAAGUUUAGCCCUCCAGAUGUUGCUGGCAUCACUUCUGCAGGAGCGUUUCAGCAGGUUGAACGUAGGGCUAAGAAGAAAGUAACCAUCGUAGAGGAGAAGUGGGCGUCUGGUGUGACAUCAGACAUGGGAGAGUUAGUGGAGGAGAGGACACAGACGGAGGUUACAGAGAGUCAGGUAGAGGAUCAGGUGCCAUAUAAAGAUGAUUGGUUCAAACUUUUCCACCAUCCUCCAUACAAGGCAGUUAUCAGACCACCAGUUGCUGGCGUGGAGAGUGCUCAGGUGGAGGGGAGUGAGUAUUUCAGCUAUAGGAUUGUGGAGACGACAGAGGUUGUAGUAGAGGAGAAGCAAACAAGAGAAAGGGAUGUUCAACAUCCGCCAGAGAUCCUUCAACAGCCGCCAUUGGUUGAAGUUGUGGAUGACUGGUCUGUGUUGCUGAAUGUUUCUCCCAGAGAAUCCGCUUACGUACCACCAGUUACAUCAGUUUUAUCAACGGGAAGAGCGCAGCUGGACCGUGAAAGUACUGGCUCUGUCGUUGGAGCUGCGUACGUGGAAAAGGUGGUGGUGGUGGAAGAGAGACAGAUAGUACAAGAGACUCCAGGGUAUCUGGAAGAAGUCCCCCAGAAGCCAGUGGCAGACAGAGAGGAUGACUGGUCCGUGUUGCUGAAUGUUGCUCCCAGAGAAUCUGCUUACGUACCACCAGUUACAUCAGUUGUAUCAACGGGAAGAGCGCAGCUGGACCGGGAAAGUAUUGGCUCUGUCGCUGGAGCUGCGUACGUGGAAAAGGUGGUGGUGGUGGAAGAGAGACAGAUAGUACAAGAGACUCCAGGGUAUCUGGAAGAAGUCCCACAGAAGCCAGUGGCAGACAGAGAGGAUGACUGGUCUGUGUUGCUGAAUGUUUCUCCCAGAAAAUCUGCUUACGUACCACCAGUUACAUCAGUUAGAUCCACGGGAAGAGCGCAGCUGGACCGUGAGAGUAUGGGCUCUGUCGUUGGAGCUGCAUACGUGGAAAAGGUGGUGGUGGUGGAAGAGAGACAGAUAGUACAAGAGACUCCAGGGUAUCUGGAAGAAGUCCCCCAGAAGCCAGUGGCAGACAGAGAGGAUGACUGGUCCGUGUUGCUGGCUGUUCCUUCAAAAGAGACCUCAUAUGUACCACCAGUGAUUCCAGAGGGCCGAUCUCUAAAGGAGGAUAUAGUUGUUGAGCAGAGAGAAAAAAGGAUUGUCGUUGCAUUAGUGGACACAGAAAUAAAACAAGUAUCAACCGUGAUACAGGAUGACUGGUUUGAGCUGCUGGAGGUUCCUGUCAGAGAAGUUAUAUCUGUGCCCACAGUUUCCAUGACCAAACAUGCUCAGGCAUAUCAGAGGGAAAGCAUUUCUGCUGUGGCUCAGGUCCAGGCAGUAGAGUCCAGGAGAGAGGUUGUAGUUGUGGUGGCAAAGAAAGAGGCUGAGAGGCUUCCACAGCAGGAAAUAUUCCAGCCAGUGACGGAGCGAGAGGAUGAUUGGCUUUUGCUGCUGGAUGUUGUUUCUAAAGAGACUUCUUAUGUGGCGCCAGUUUAUGUGCCUGCACCGACUAAACUCUAUCCAGAUGUUCCAGCUGAAACAAAACGUGUAGAGAAGAGGUUGUUUCAGAUUGGUCUUGAUCAGGUUAGAACUCAGGACGCCCAGCCACUGCCGCAGCGGGACGAUGACUGGUUUAUUCAGUUUGAUGCUAUUCGUGAAAAGCCCGCCGUAACACCAACAGUCACUCCAGCUGAAGUUGUUCAGGACGUGAAGAAGACGUUAAAGGUUGAGGUGACAAAAGCAGAGACUAGAACAUACAAGAAGGUGGUAUUUGCCGUGGACGACAUGCAAGUCGGGACAGGGAUUUCUGGAAUUAGACCGAGCCAAAUUCCACCACAGUCUGAGAGAGAAGGAGGGGAUGAUUGGGUCGACCUGUUUGGCGUCACCCGAGAAAAACCACCCACCACACCAGCAGUGUCAGUUCCUGUGGUUCGGCCUGCCGUUAAGGUGGCAGCAAUCGCUGAACCAAAACCACGGCUCACCGUGGAGGAUGUGCGGCCACCUGUGGGGUCGGCUGGCGCACUGCAAUUACCAAAAGUAGAUGAUGACUGGUUUGUCCUGCUCCAUGCUCCAGCUAAAGUAUCAGUGGCUGUUGAUGACCGCGUUGGUUUGCGUCCUGAAGUGAAACCAGCUAAAGAGUUGCGCGUCUCCGAGCGGAGAGUUACGAUAGUGAAGGAGGCGCAGCAGCAGAGGGAGGUGGUGCCGGCGCGUCCAGCGCUGGCAGAGCUGGAGGAUGAUUGGUUUGUUUUCCUGGAUGUGUCCCCUAAGAAAGAAGCCGCUGCGCAUGAACGAAUCCAGAUCCCAGCAGGUGUCAGACUUCCAGCUCCUGCAGCCGCAACAACCGCAACAAGGAUUGCUAUUUCUGAGAAGAGACCACAGUUUGAGCAGCGAAUCCUGGCAGAACGGCAACCGCUCACACAAACACGUCUCAGUGAUGAUUGGUUUGUUCUGCUAGAUGUUGACCUCAAAAAGUCAGUUGUGAGCACUCAGAGGGGCGCCCGUCCUGUCAGCGCUCCAGUCUUCUCCCAGGCCGCUCUGGCGGAGGCCGGGAUCCCGAUGGCUCCAUUCGAGCAGCCCCAGACCUCCACCCCCAUCAAGACCAGCCGCCAGGAGGACAGGAAGCUGGAGGUCACCGUAGAAGCUGUGGAGCCUUCAAAGAUUGAGGCCGUGGCAGAGGUGAAGCAGAGAGAAGUAGACUCUUCACUGAUCUCCACCAUCAAUGGGGACAUUCAGCACGAGUUUGAGAAGACGAGCGUGGAGGGCGUGAAAAUGCGAAAGAAAAGAGCUAAGAAAAUUGAGGGUGACUCAAUUUAUGUCAGACAUAGCCUUUUAAUGCUGGAGGAGUUCGAUAAGCCUCAGGAGGAACUGCUCAGGCACCACGCCAGCAUCAGCGAGCUGAAGAGGAACUUCAUGGAAACCGUCCCGGAGCCGAGGCCGAGCGAGUGGGACAAGCGCCUGUCCACACACUCUCCGUUCCGCACCCUGGGCAUCAACGGUCAGCCGCUGCCAAGUGCUGAUGGGAGUGUGUGCAUUAGUCCUCUGUGCAAAGGUUCUGAGACAAAGGCUGCUCACAAGGAAACCUGCAGUAGUUUGGACUUUUCAGGCAUACCCAGUUCCAUUUUGAGCCCCAAGAGGGAGCCUGGUAGCUCUGAAGCCCUCAGUGUUCCCGCUGAGGAAGAUUCAAGUGAUCAAGAGGAGGUUGUAGUUUUUGAGACCCUCAUGGUACCAGUUGUAGAGGUGGAAAUGGCACAGCUGGUUCCUUCCUUUGAGCCCUCCUGUAGAGCUUUAGAUGAGAUCCAGGAGGAAGAAGGAUCAUGUCCCGAAGUCUCAGAGUUUUCUGAGAGGAUACUUGGCUCUUCCCCGGCUUCUUAUUUCUGGAGUGAUGGUCCACAGGUCGUACGCUGCUCCCAGCCCCCUCUGGUGCAGACCCAGACUGUCACCAUCACAGCCGUCUCCAACUCCUUAUCCAGCGACAUCUCCACCAGAGAGGUGCCUAUUGUCCCGACCAAGACCGUCACCUACGAGUCUUCAAAGGCAACAGUUGACGGAGCAGAAGAGAACAAAGAUGGCUCAGCAGUAUCUAGUUCCAAGACAGUUACCUCAGAGACGACCAGCGGCAGCGCAGUCACCACCACCACCACGAAAAAGGUAAUAAAAAGUGGAUCCACAGAAACUCGCAUGGAGAAGAGAAUCGUUAUAACUGCCGACUCGGAUAUUGACCAGGAGAAGGAGAAGCACAGCGGAGCAUCAUCAUUGUAACCAAGACCCUCCGUCAUCGUUUGGCUCAUCACCUCUGAAAUCCUUCUGUUAAACAGCAACACACAACAUACACGAACCAACUUCAUCUGCUCACAAAAGAAAAAUCUCCAAAAACUGCACCCGAAAUGAUUGACAACAGUAGAUGAAACUUUGUCCUCUUUGUUUGGUUUAUUUCCAGUUGUUCUUAGUAGGUUAGGACUGCACAUUGCUGAUCGGAUGCUUAUCUUCCUGGUGUUGUACAGGCUCAGCAUGAACACUUUCAUUGGUUUUAAAGAAAUCAGCAUCAUCAGUUGAAUGAUCUCAGUUAUGUUUGCUUUUAUUUUCUUAGUGCUUGUUGAUUUUAUACAAAUACACGUCACUCUCGGCAGGAUUUGUUCCCCUGGUGCUGCAAGGAAAAAUGUUAAAACAGCAUUGAAAUGGACUUUUGUUUACUUGUCUGUUUAAUUCAGGACACUUUUUUGUGGCAUACCUCGCAUUAAUAUGUGAACAAAGGUAUUCUGUGGUCACGUUUGGCCAGAUUCUUAGGUUUUGUUCACUGCUCAGGUACAAAAAACUAAACUUCAGUCUCUCAUUCUCUAACCAGCCAAGAACCAGUAGCCUACACAUUCUUGUAAAGUUUGAAUUAAAAUUGAUCUAUUUUGAAAUGUCUCUAUUUUAUAGGAGUAUGGUUUUUAUAGUAUUUGUAAAAUUUGACGUUUUUAAGUUAUUCAUAUUCAUGGAUUAAAUCGCAGGUUACCACUGAGCCGUUUGCUGAAUUUUGAGUUGUUUUAAUACGUCUCACGUGAUGCCCUGAAUUCCUGUUAUUCAUUUCCUCUUGUGAUGCAUCAAGUUUAUUUAACAACAUUAGAGCGCUUUUGUUUUGUUCAAUAUCAUAGAUUUCAGAAUUACUUAGAACAUAUUUGGUUGACAUAAGGUUUUACUAGCUCUGGUCUGUUUAUCUCAGGUUUUGAUAUUCUUUGUAAGACCACAGACCUCCAUAUGAUUGUAUGAAGAAUGUCCAUGUAUGUAUAUCCAGCUCUAAUGUAAAAUGUUCACUGAUGUUCAGGCAAGUGAGGUCAACAUAAGUAAAAGCUCAUCUGUCAAAAAAAAACAAAACCCACAUGUAUGAAAUGAAGGCAGCUGUCCUAAUAUAUGUGGCUUUGCCCUUCCCCGUCUUUUUAUUUUAUUUUAAACAUGUUCUGCUAUACAGUAAUUUAUUUGUACAGUAGGAACUGUUUGUGAUUUUGAUGUACUGUGAUGUCUGAACACAAGCUUCCAGGCCUCAGCUAGAGAUGUCAAAUAUUGAAUACAUUACCAAGUUUGUAAAGCCUUUUUGAAGUAGAUGCCUCUCACUUGCUGUUUUCCUGCACUUUUCCAUGAGGAAAGUAUGAAUCCCUGUUUAGAUAACCUGUUUGUUAGCGAACUGAUUUGAACCCAAACAGAAACCAUCGGUAUUGUAGCUACUUGACAAAAAAAAAAACAUUUACCAGUGACAAAGUAGUAUUUCACAUUAAGGAAAACUAGUUUUUAGACAGAAAAUUAUUGUUGCUUUGUGACUUAUCCCUGUCUUUUUAUGAAAAAAAUAAAAUAUGCGUUACUUGG